UGAGCUGGAGCGUCUGAGCAACUUAGUUGGUAAACCAUCUGAGAACCACCCUCUGCACAACAGUGGGCUGCUGAGCCUAGAUCCUGUUCAGGACAAAACCCCUCUUUACAGCCAACUUCUUCAGGCCUACAAAUGGUCCAAUAAGCUGCAGUACCACGCCGGGCUGGCAUCUGGCCUUUUGAAUCAGCAGUCUCUGAAACGCUCAGCCAACCAGAUGGGAGUCUCUGCAAAACGCAGACCCAAAGCCCAGCCAACGACUCUUGUCUUACCUCCUCAAUACGUUGAUGAUGUGAUCAAUCGGAUUGAUAGGAUGUUCCCAGAAAUGUCUAUCCAGCUCUCCCGGCCAAAUGGAACUUCAGCAAUGCUCCUGGUUACCUUAGGAAAAGUGUUAAAAGUGAUAGUGGUGAUGAGGAGCCUCUUCAUUGACCGGACGAUAGUAAAAGGGUACAACGAAAAUGUCUAUACUGAAGAUGGCAAGCUUGACAUAUGGUCUAAGUCCAACUAUCAAGUUUUUCAGAAGGUGACAGACCAUGCGACCACUGCUCUGUUGCACUACCAGCUCCCUCAGAUGCCAGACGUGGUGGUCAGAUCUUUCAUGACCUGGUUACGCAGUUACAUCAAGCUGUUCCAGGCGCCGUGCCAGCGCUGCGGAAGGUUCCUGCAGGAUGGGCUGCCCCCCACGUGGAGGGACUUCCGCACGCUCGAGGCUUUCCACGACACCUGCAGGCAGUAG